CUUACAAAGACUUCUUUUGCUCUCUCCUCUCUCUCUCUAAAAGGAUGAUCAUUCAGAGACAAAGAAAUUAUUGGAAAUAAAGCUUCACUCUUUUGGUGUUUGGAUAAAUAGAUCCAUGUAAAAGGGUGUCUCAAUCUGAUCCUUAGAUGUGCAAAUCUUUUGAGAAAUUAGCACAAUUUUUUCUGGGAAUAAAUAGAGAGAGAAGAAAGAAGAAAAAAUAAAGAUGAUAAAUGGAUUUGAUUUGAACGAAGAAGCAAAAGGGAUGGAUGAAGGAUUUGGAGAAGGGAACUCGAAUAACUCGAACACAAGCAGCAACAAUGGAAGCAUGGAGGAAGUGGAGAAAGAAGAAGAGUUUGAUGAACAGAGAUCAAGAAGUGGGCAUGGAAGUGUUAGAAAAUAUUCAAGGUCUAAAAUGCCAAGGCUUCGUUGGACUCCUGAUCUUCAUCUUGCCUUUGUAAAUGCUGUUGAAAGACUUGGUGGACAAGAAAGGGCAACACCAAAGUUGGUACUUCAGUUAAUGAAUGUAAGAGGCCUCAGCAUUGCCCAUGUAAAGAGCCAUUUGCAGAUGUAUCGAAGUAAGAAGCUGGAUGAGUCUGGACAAGUUUUAUCUCAGACAAUGUUGGGAAGAAAUCACAUAAUGCAAAUGUACCAUAGAUUGAAUCACCAUCACCAUGGACAUAUCAGAGGGCACAAUAGUAAUUUCCUCUCAGACAUCACAAAGCCUUACCACCUCAUCAAACCUCCUUAUAACUCUUCUUCAAGGUUUGGAGGAGAUGAAUGGGAAGCAAUAGAUGAAAAUCCAUUGGGAAUUAGGGGAUGUUCUAAUAAUAAUUUAUGGAGCAGAGAUCAAAAUUCAAAGAUAAUAUUGGAGAAAUUAAACAAUGAGGCAUCUAAUAAUCAUCAUACCUUUCAAACUACUUCCCAUAUAUAUGAAGUUGCAAAUGCAAUUUCAAGAUCAACCACACCCAUAAGACCAUCCCGAUUUCUCGAGGACAGAAAAUGGCCUCCCCACCAUUUUAUUACUACACAACAACAACAACAACAACAACAUUUUUGCAUCAAUAAUAAUAUUCACUUUCGACCUAAUUCUCUAUUCACCUCCAAAGUGAUCAAUAACCAUGAUCAUCUUCUUCAUCCUCCAACCACUCCACCUUCUCCAUUCUUUAAGCUUACCCGAUGCAGCUUCGACCCCGACCAUCUUAUUCAACGCCCCUCGACUAAAUUAGAGUUGAGUUUACGUAACAAUAGCGUGGUGGAAAAUGGUGGUGGGAAGAUGGAGGUGGUGAAUACUAUUAGUAAUAAUGAGAAAUUAGAAGAAGAGGAAUGCAGAAGAGAAAUUAAUACAGUACUUUCUCUCUCUCUCUCUAGCUCUUCCUCAAGACUACAGCAAGAACAUCAAGAAGAAGAAGAAUUUAGACAAACAAAUAUUAGUUCAAAGGUUUGAAAAAUUAAAUAAUGGGCUGAGUACUUAAGGAUCUAUCUCACCGUAUGCAAUAUUAAAUUACAUUAUAUGUAUUAUUAAUUCGGCCAUAGGAGAGAGUGAGAUCUUGUAAGUACUUGUCUCAUUUUUUUCUUCUUGAUGGAAAUUAGUAUUUAUUUACAUUAAAAUUUCUACUUUUCC